GUGCAGAAUCAAGAUAACCGAUAACAGCAUAAUGAGCACCAAGGGCCACGGGCGAGGGCCCAAGAAGCGAGCCGACCCCACCAAAAGUCGUUUCGCAGGCCUGGCAGCAAACCCGGAGCAUGAGGGUCUGUCUGUUAUAGGGUUUGAAGCUGGUCUCGUUCGUGAUGACGAGGCUGCAGCUGUGAUAGACAGCGGCGCACACUUGCAACGAUGGCCCACGACCGGCUCUCGCGUGGACCGCUACGACGUCCGCCUACUGCUGGACUAUGCGCCUCGAAGACCUGAAACGAAAGCCCCACAGGAUGCACAGGCGCUCGCGGAGGAGCGGGAGCUUGACGAGGAGCGCUAUGCGGAUUUGGACCCUUCGCGCGAACACGAGCUGGCUUCAUUUGACGCUCGCGGCAAUGAGUCUGAUGGUGAGAGCUCAUGAGUUUCAACCAGGGCCAGGUUUCGGACCAGACUCAACCGAAGGGCUUCUGGAAUUCCCCCGAGUUGCGCUGUGCCUUGCUCGGCGCUCGGCUCACAGUCUAAACUUGCCCCUCUGCCAGAGCUAAGCCUCGUCAGGGUGCCUGGAGCUCCAACACCGCUGGUCUGCACACGCGCGCGGACCUUCCUGUGUGUAUUUGUCGCCGCAACGUGCGGGGGGAACGCCGGGCGGGGCUCGCGCCGUUCGUUCGCUCGGGCUUGUUGGGUGACUUGGCGCGCCCUCGCACUCAGGCCCGAAAAUGCCCUUGUUGGCAUCCUACUGCCCGCGCGCUUCGUACACUGCUGCGCCUCGUACCGAGCCCUCAGGUGUACACACCGAACACAUCUACGGUGGCGCUCAGUACGGCGGCCCGCCUGCCGGUGACACCGCCAUCGACAAGGACUGGGCACAGCUACAGCCGCCACCAGCCUUCCUGCGACCACCGCCGGCAACGCACCGCCCGGGCGGCCCCAGCAGUAGUAGCAGUGGCAGUAGCAGUAGCGGGGACGACUCUGACGGCAGUAGCAGCAGUGACUCCGAGGACAGCGGGGAGGGGCGACAGGAGGUGGGGCAGGGGGCGAGGGAGUCUGCGGGGUAUGACACCGCCUACGAAGGAGGCGUGCUACUGCCGCCACCACCUCGGUCCGCCGCUGUCAGCGCCGCCGCCACCACAGACGCGGAUGCAGCCGGCGGCAGCUACGCAGCUGUGCCCUUCGCUUAUGGCACCGUUGCGGAGGAGGAGGAGGAGGGGGAGGAGGAGCGCGGCGGCGGUGGCGAGGGUGGCCGGCAGCAGGCAGGGCACGGCGGGCUCGGCGGGCACAGCACGGGGGGAAGCUGGCAGGGGCUGCAGCACCCAGGAGCAGGCCAACACGGGCACGAGCAACAGCAGCAGCAGCAGGAGGAGGAGCCAUACGCGCCGCUGUUUGCGGUGGCAGUACCGGAGCGGCUGCGCGGCGCUCUGCCCGACAACCAGCGGCUGCAUAGGCUGCUGGUGCGUACGGCACGGUUCGUGUCGGCUCAGGGCAGUGAGCAGGUGGAGGUGCUGCUGCGAGUCAAGCAGGGCAACAACCCGAACUUCCGCUUCCUGUUCCCCAACCAGCGCUGUUUCCCCUACUACCGCUGGGUGGUCGAGGCACAGCCCCCAGCCGCACCCGGGCUGCAGGGAGCAGACGCGGCGGCGGCGGCGGACGUUGCCGGAGAGGCGGCGGCAGGCGCAGGGGCGGCCGCAGGGCCAGGCGCAGCAACAGCGGGGCCGGGGACUGCGGCGGCGGCGGGAGGUGCGCACACGAGCUCGGCGGUGCCCCGCAUGCCGCUGCCAGUGCGCAACGCCGCGCCGGAGGCGGAAGGGAACGGCAGCAGUGCUGGUGUUGGUGCCGGUGCCGGUGCCGGUGAUGGAACAGCAGCGGGAAUGGUGGAAGUAGCCGAGGCGAGGAGUGCGGGGAAGCCAGACCCCAAGGCGGUAGCAGGCCCACAGGCCGGCCCCAAACCUCCGCCUCUGCCGGCGCCGGCACCCGCACCGGCGCCGGCGCCGGGUCAGGCUAGCAGCCGACGGACGGCCACGCCGCCGCCACACCCCGUCCCCACCGCCUUCACUCUGCCGCCGCGGCCGCUGCCUGUGCCGCGGCCUCCCAUGCAGGUGCAGCUGCCCGCCUUCCUUUACCCUGCCUCGGUCACCUACCCGAGUCCAUCCACAGCAGCAACGGUGCCAGCAACGUCCGCCGCCGCAGCCGCCGCAGUAGCCCCAACCGCCGCGCCGCCGCCAACCGACGCCGCCCCACCAACCGACGCCUCGUCCCAAUCGCCACCAACCGCCACCAAGUCCAUUAUCGACAAGUUGGUGGCGUAUGUGGCCAAGAACGGCAUUGGCUUUGAAGCUGUGGUGCGCAAGCGCGAAGCCGCCAACCCCGCCUUCGCGGCUUUCCUGCUGCCCUGGGGCCCGCACCACGCCUACUACCGAGCCAGGCUGGAGGCGGCAGUGGGCGCCGAGGCUGUCGCCGCCGCCUGGAGCACCGGCGGCGGCGCCGGCGGCGGGGCGGCUGGCGCCAAGGCUGGCGGCGGCACGGUCGCAGCAUCGCCGGAGGCGGAGGCGGAAGCGGAGGAGCGGGCCGGGGAGGGCGGCACGCCACCGCCUCCAGGCACGGAGGAAAGUGGUGCAGCAGCGGAGCAGCCACCGCCGCAAGACCAACAGCAGCAGGCGCCGCAGCCGCGCACCGGUGCAGGAGCCGGGUCAGCAGCAGAGGCGGAGGACACAGGUGCCGUGGAGGCCGGCGGCGCUGCGGGCGCAGCAGAGGCGGGGCCGGAGGCCGGGGCGGCGGGGGAGCCGGGAAAGCCCCACGGCGGCCUCGCCGCCAUCACCGUGUCAGGCUGCGCGCGGCCGCCGCCCGCAGUGACGCUCAAAGCCAACCCCAAGCUCUCAUCCGGCGUGCUGCCUCCCAAGCCCGCCGGCAGCAGCAAGGCCGCCGCUGCGGAGGCCGCAGGGCCGGCAGGCGCUGACGCCGAUGCCCAGGGCAAGGGCGAGGGCGAGGGCGAGGCGGUGGAGGCUGGGCCGGAAGAGCAGGACGGUGCUAGGGAGCUGGCACCUUGUGCCUCAUCACCCCGCCACCAGCAGCACCACCACCAGCACCACCAGCAGCAGCAUCAUCACCCGGACGAGCAGGGGCAGCCUGCCCACCAGGGGCCGGACCAGCGUCCGGAUCCAGAGGGGCAGGUGGUCAUGGUGUUUGAGCCAAUGCCGCCCCUGGAUGGGGAAGAAGAUGACGAUGACGAGGAUGGCAGUGAUGGUUGUGGUGGUGAUGGCAAGGGCGGCAGGCGGCGGGCCGGGGCAGCAGCAGGCAUGGGGCGAUCCCAGUCGCAAGCUAGCCUAGGGAUGGGGGUGGCGGGCGGGGCUGACAGGGCCGCCGGGUCAGGGUCCGGCGGCGGCACGAGCCCGUCGGGGUCCGGCAGUGGAUCGGAAUCAGGUUCCAGCUCGGAUUCGGAUCUGGAUUCGGAAGAGGCGGACUCUGACCUGGAUGAGGACGUGGAGGCCGACCGGCGGCGCGAGGAGCGGCGCUGCCAGCGGCAGGCACGGCGUCAGCAGGGCCGCGGCCGCCACCAUGCACGGGCGGCUUCGGCGGAGCCGCAGGCGGGCGGCGGCGAAGCAGCGGCCGCGUCAGCGGCAGGCGGGGCUGCGGCCUUGGACCCGGAGGCAGCGGCGCGGCUGGAGGCCCGGCGGCAGGCGGCGCGGCUGCUGCUGGCAAAGGCCAAGGCGCAGCAGGAGGUGGCGGCGGCGGCGCAGCGCAGCCGGGCCAUUCACCACCACCGCCACUUCUUCAUGCGGGGCGCGGAGGAAGAGGAGGAGGAGGCGGAGGCCGCUGGCGCCGGGUCCGCCACUGCGGGAAUGGCCGGGUCAGCUGCUGCGGCGCUGGCGCGUCGAGCCGCCGGCGGUGGCGGGGGUGCUGGCGGCGGCGGCGUGUCGGUGUCGGCGGCGGAGGUGAUGGCAUUGGAGCGACUGGCGGCGCGGCAGAAGGAGGCGGCGGCGGCGCUGGAGCGGGCAAAGGCGGCGGAGGAGGAGGCGCGGCGGCGGCGGGAGCUGGAGGCGGAGGCGGCGGCACUGAGGGCCGCGGAGCUGGAGCGCCACCGGCAGGAGGCGGAGGUGGCCGCGGGCGUCGCCACGACGGCGGCACCAAAGGCAGCGGCCGGCGGUAGUCGUUUUGGCCCACCGCCGCCCACUGCGCCGGCGCCGCUGCCCGUGGCGGAGUCGUCUCUGGCGGUGUUGAGGGACCUGGUGACGAAGGCGGCGGCGGCGGCGGCGGCGCACCGCGCGGCGUUCGAGGCGAUGCUGCGGGACCCGUCGCAGGUCCUCCGCACAGACCGGCACGAGGGACCUGCCAGCGAAGAUGACGCCGGCCGCCGAAGCCGGCGACGCCGCCGCUCCGAGGGCGGCGGCAGCGAAUCUGCAGGUGGUGAUGCCAGCAGCGGCAGUGACGCCGAAGGCAGCGGCGGCGGCCGCCGCAGCCGUGGGAGCGGCAAGCGGCGGCGGAAAGACGGUGCAUCGCGUUCACGAUCACAGUCGCGGUCGAGAGACUUACGCAAGGGAAGCCGUCACGAAAAGCGAAGCAGGGAGCGGGAGCGAAGCAGGGAGCGGGAGGUCAAGAAGCGGGGUGGCGAGCGGGAACGCGACGACGGUGGAAACAAAAAGGCGGUCAAGGAGAAGAGCGAGCGCCGGCGUGAGAAGGAGGGGGCAGGAGUUGCUGGCAAGGAGGAGCGGAAGCGUGCGCGUGGCAGCCGCAGCAGGAGCCGGAGCCGCAGUAGGGGCAGGGAUGGUGGGGAGAAGAAGGAGAGGCGGACGGAGCGGGAGAGUGAGGCGGCGCGGGGCCGGGGCAAGCGGCGAGGCAGCCGCAGCAGGAGCCGCAGCAGGAGCCGGCGGGAGGGCCGGAGUGGGCGGGAGGAGCGGAAGCAGGAGGGUGGGCACGCGUCUAAACGGAGGAGCCGCAGCAGGAGCCGCAGCACGGACCGGGGCCGGGCUGCGGGCUCGGCUCGCGGCGCCGGUGGCGUGGCUGUGGCUGCGCGGCGGGAGGGCACCGAUGGGCUGUCUGUGGACAGGCCGCCCGCCGCUUCCACCGGCAAACUGGCCCCGCAGCUGCCCGGGGCAGCAGCUGCAACAGCUGGCAGCGGUGCCGCCAUGGCCGCGCCGGUCGGGACAGGGGCUGCGGCGGCGGGGGGCGCGUCCGAUUUGCGGUCGCGACUACGGGAGCUGCUGGCAGGGGGCGGGGGCUUGUGAGUGCCGUGAGGUCAGGGCGGGCGCAGCUGUGCGUGGAAGCAAAGCACAGGGAGUGCGGUUGUUAGCGCACUGUGGACUUUGGGGAGUCUGCGCUGAUGUAAGCUCAGACCCUGCGCAGCCUCCUCCGCGUGUCACGUUCAUGCAUGGGUCCCAGCACCAAAAGCUGUGGCGUAAAGCAUGUCCUGUACGCUCAGACACCGAGCAUGCUGGCGGGUUGGCAGGAUAACGCCGCAAUCAGGGAGUGAACGGGUGCACCCUUGGGUGCACCUAUAUGAAUGCGACAUUACAAGGAGGGACAGUCCAUUAAGCAAGGGUGCACCCAUAUGCUAGAGCUGGCAGCACGCGGGUACCACUCCGGCAAGUCCCUAGGGACUGCGUGUGUCCAAUGCCCUAGACGAAAAUAUUUGCGUGUCCCAUUGCACAUCCCAUGCUCGGCUGCAACCGUACGGCCUUUCAGGUCGCCUUCUCGUAGCUCCGCACCAUAGUAGCCGCAUACUACACAACUAUGCUGGCGGCCUUGUCAGAUGAUUCCUGUGGGGUCUAUGGGGUCUAAUGAUGACCGGCGGUGAUUGAAGAAUGCGGAUGUUACAGAGGGGACAGUCCCAGCACCCGAAGACGCUGAGCCAUCACAUGCUAUCAGGGCCCAACUUGACUCCACCAACCCCGACUUUGCUGCAAACCCUCCCGCGGGCAAAGUCCGUGUGACUCCGCGCACAGUGAGUCCUAGCCCGAAGAGGCCCCCAGACGAGUCCUGCGCCGAGGCAGCUGCGCCUGCCUAGGAUGUUUAGUGCAACAAGGGUUUGUGGCGGUCCUCCACGCGCAGCUGACAUAAGCAACGGCAACGGCGCCUGAGCGGCCUGACGUGCCCAGUAUGUUACCCGCAGAGCUUAAAACCCAAAUUCACCUCCGUUGGAUUAGCCGCACGAACCCAAACCGCUUCGGAAAGUCGCAUGUCGGCGGCUUCCGGAAUGCUGUUGCCCGCAGUUCAGUGGGGCGAGCUAGGCGCCUGGAAUGGAGCAAUGCAGAGCGUAAAGCACAAGUGUUAGGGCUCGCACCUUUAUGCACCCACGGGAGCGCGAGCACGGGACGCAAUGAGGAUUCAAAUCCCCGG